GUUAUUCCCGGUAAGGAGGAUGAGGGCGGGACAUCAAAAGCAGACCUCUCUGUGUGUGAGCAGGGUUGCUGCCGGCUGUUCCACCAAAAAUCGAGAAUUGUCCAUCAUUCUGUUUAACUGCUGAGAAAAAAGGAGAGUGAGGUAGAGAGAGAGAGGAUAGUUCAUUACAAGGUCAGUAUGAAGAGAGAUGUCUCAAUUAUUCUGCACCGCUGCAGCUCUAUAAUCGCAGGUUGACCCUAGUACACCUGCCUGAUGAUUUUUGAUUGCACCGCACAACGACGCCACUAAAGUUCCGUUGUAACGGGCUAUACCUCAGGAAAUGACGUCAGUGCGGGGAAUAUGGCGUCUGCAAUGGCUAUGGACGCCACUGACAAACAUUAUAUUGAUAUCCAGUUAAAAUAACGACUAAUUAAAGCCGCGGGGGAAUUGUAAAUGGACACUAAGGAAUCUUCGGCGAUGUUUUUUUACUGUCCUUUUUCUUGAUCUCGGAAAUAAACCCACAACACAUGUCAGAAGGAGCCAGGUCUGCCUGGUCAAAGAGGGGUUGUGGGGACUCGCAGCGCCGAGAUCAGGGCAAACAUAAACAGAGGAAAUGUGAGCGUCCCAUCAACCUGCUGUCAGCUAAGCUUGAGACUGGCCUUGAGGCCCCCAAAAGGUGUGUGAUGUCGGGGGGUGAGGUGGAGGUGUACCUGUCCCAGGUGCAUGAUGGGAGCGUGUCCUCAGGGUUCCGGACGCUGUACGAGGAGAGGCUCCUAUUGGACGUCACACUGCUCAUAGAGGAACACCACUUCCAGGCUCACAAGGCCCUGCUGGCGACCCAGAGUGACUACUUCCGGGUCAUGUUCACAGCAGACAUGCGAGAGAGAGACCAGGACAAGAUCCACAUGAAGGGGUUAACAGCUGCCGGCUUCGGCCACGUCCUGAGGUUCAUGUACUACGGUUCACUGGAGCUCAGCAUGGUCACUGUGCAGGAGAUACUACAGGCGGCCAUGUACGUCCAGCUGACAGAGGUGGUAGAGUUCUGCUGUUCCUUCCUGCUGUCUAAGAUCUGUCUGGAGAACUGUGCCGAGGUGAUGAGGCUGCUGGAGGACUUCAGCGUGGGUGUGGAGGGUGUGCAGGAGCAGCUCGACAACUUUCUGCUUGAGAACUUUGUUCCUCUGAUGAGCAGACCUGACUUCCUGUCCUACCUCAGCCUGGAGAGACUGCAGGCGUACCUGGACAGUGAUGCCCUGAGUCGCUUCCCAGAGAUAGAGCUGUAUGAGUCUGUCCAGGCCUGGCUACGACACGACCGGCGCCGCUGGAGACACACAGACACUGUCGUCCAGUCUCUACGCUUCUGCCUCAUGACCGCCGCUAAUGUCUUCGAGAAGGUGAAGACGUCAGAGUUCUAUCGUUACUCUCGACAACUGCGUCAGGAGGUGGACCAGGCUCUCAGCUACUUCCACGACGUCAACGAGCAGCCGCUGGUCGAGACGCGGUCCAACCGCAUCCGCUCGGUCCGACCACAGACCGCCGUGUUCAGGGGCAUGAUCGGACACAGCAUGGUCAACAGCAAGAUCCUACUGCUGCACAGACCCAAGGUGUGGUGGGAGUUGGAAGGUCCCCAGGUCCCUCUCCGUCCAGACUGCUUGGCCAUUGUCAACAACUUUGCCUUCCUGUUGGGUGGGGAGGAGCUAGGGUCUGACGGGGAGUUCCACGCCUCCUCUAAAGUCUACCGCUACGACCCCCGCCAGAACUCCUGGCUACGCAUGGCCGACAUGUCUGUACCCAGGUCAGAGUUUGCAGUGGGGGUCAUUGGUAAGUUCAUCUAUGCGGUUGCUGGCCGGACACGGGACGAGACAUUCUAUUCCACGGAGCGCUAUGACAUCACGGCGGACCGCUGGGAGUUUGUGGACCCGUACCCGGUCAACAAGUACGGUCACGAGGGCACGGUCCUGAACGGUAAACUCUACAUCACUGGAGGAAUCACAUCCUCAUCCACCUCCAAACAGGUGUGUGUGUUCGACCCUGGGCGGGACGCAGGGGGAGGGGUUUGUGUGGCGGGCUCGGGGGGAGCUGGUACGACGGACACACACAGGACGCGCUCAGCUCGCACUCCCAUCCUACCCAACACACACACCAGCUGCUGGGAGAACAAGUCGAAGAUGAACUACGCUCGCUGCUUCCAUAAGAUGAUCUCCCACAACGGGAAGCUUUAUGUGUUCGGGGGGGUGUGUGUGAUCCUUCGGGCGUCGUUCGAGUCACAGGGCUGCCCGUCCACGGAGGUCUAUGACCCUGAGACAGAUGAGUGGACCAUCCUGGCGUCGAUGCCCAUCGGGCGCAGUGGGCAUGGUGUGGCGGUGCUGGACAGACAGAUCAUGGUGCUGGGGGGCCUCUGCUAUAACGGACACUACUCUGACUCCAUCCUCACCUUCGACCCGGACGACAACAAGUGGAAGGAAGACGAGUAUCCCAGGAUGCCUUGCAAACUGGACGGGCUGCAGGUGUGCACUUUGCACUUCCCUGAGUACGUCCUGGAGCACGUCCGGCGCUGCAGCUGAGGUCUGGUUCAGUUCAGACAUGCUCCUUUCUAAGGUUUGGGAAUGCACCCCUUUUAAGACAGACUCCUCCCACAGGCGGCAGGUGUGGGCCGGGCGGUGGAGGAUAGGUGUUUACAGGUGUGACACUAACGCUCUAACUACACAGAAGCUUUUCAACUAGAGACACAGACUGGACUUAACAGUCUCAAAAACCAGACCCUAGGCAACACAGUGACUAGGGUCUGGUUUCAAUGAUGGACGCUUUUGGCAUAGUGGAACAAUGUCGCUCCCUACGUCGAUAAGGGAAAAUAAAUAUUUCCGGGACUUGCCUAACAUCACGAGGCAGAGAUGUCAGAACAUCGUGAUUCAAAUCCAAAGUUUGCAGGCAAAACUUUUGCAGUGGUUUUAGUUAAGGGUAAAUCCAUUUGAAUUCAAUCACUUUUUGACAACAUCCCUUUUGAUUUGAAUGAAACCUUCCAUACACAUUUGCCUAUUGUAGAAGUGGUCAGAAAGUGACUUUGUGGACCUGAAUUUCAAAACAUUCAAGAGAUAAAUGUGCUCAAAGUUGACUCAUUUUGCAGACCUACCUCACCAUACCAUGAGACAUCCCAUUUCUUCAUCACUGGAAAAGGUAAAGGUUGAGAUUUAUAUAAUUUAAAGGCUUACAAACAGGGUUGUCAAGCAAUUUUAUCAUUUCUGGGGGGGGGGAUCAUUUUCUAACUUUUAACGUAAAUUAUCUAAAAACGGGUGAACUUAUACUCUCAUAUGUUGUAGCUUAGACCCUAUUUUACAUCAUCUAAUGUGUUUGUGUUCCUACCAUCGGUUGAGACACAACAUGGUCUUGAAUACAGAGUGAGUGUCAUGUUCGGGCUGAUAAAUGUACUAGAAUGGGGAUAAAAUUGAAAUGUCAACUUUCAAAUGGUACCACAAAGAUGGUUGGAGGUCCACACAUGUUGAUUUGAAUGGGAAUAUUUGUUGUUUAAAUUAAACUGUCAAUCCUCCAUAGGAAACAUAUUUAAAUCAUAGAAAUAUAGAUAAUAGAAUAGAUAUGACUAUUUAAAUUGACAUUCGACGAUGGGUAGACCGGUGGCCAUCUUUGUGGUAGUAAUUUAGAAGUAAAAAUGUUUCAAUUUCAAUGGUGUACCAGCUAAAUUGCAGUGGUCUGAAGGGAUAGGUCCAUUCUAUGAAUUAUAUUUCUAUGAUUGAAAUG